AAGCGCCCUCAGUCGACACCUUGACACAUGCACAGCUACAGCAUUAAGCAGUACGGAGUAGGACAUGUAGGAGACUGUAAUGCACAGCAUCCCUGACCCUGAAAGGGGGACUGUUUUCAUCAUUUUUUUGCACCAUCGGGAUCGACUCAACCCUUAUAGUACUUUAAGCGGACUGAACUGAAAACGCAGAAUGGUGAAGAUUCGACAAAAGCGGUGCAUCAUCACCUUGUUGCCACUCCUUGGAAUAUUGCUGUUACUCUUUGGAAUAUUUCAAACCAAAAUCGUUCAAGAUGGAAAUCUUGCCUCAACAUCCAAAAGCAUCCUCAAGACUUUACAGUUUGCAGUCAAAGUGAAUGAUGAGCGUGUGAUGUUGUUGGAACCCAUGAGAGAUGAAAGCAAACUGGUGAAAGUUGUCCCAGUAGACACCUUACAUUCACAGAUUCAUGUACACAUUCAAGAUGAUCACAGUAAUGGAAGUCUGUUGAGUUCUGAAGGAUUACUAGCAAUAAAAGAAGUGUCAUUAUUAAGGUCAAAUACACUUGAUAAGUCUAGUAAAACGGCAUUAAUAGCUCAACACAAAUUAGACAACCCGACGGACACCUUCCGCUUUCAAGCUGUCAACCCUGCGCUGCAUACCACACCAGAACACAGUAAGAUACAAAUCCUCAUUGUGACUAAUCGGCGCUCUGGAUCCUCUUUUUUAGGCCAGUUUUUCAAUCAGCAUCCUGAUGUGUUCUUCCAGUUUGAGCCACUAAAAUUAACGGAGUGGAAACAAGAAUUCUAUCCAGACGGAAUUGAAUACCUUCGUCACUUGUUAAAGUGCCAAUUUGACAAAACGCCGUACUUGGUGGAAUUUUAUAACCGUGAACCUCUUCAUCGAGCUAGUAGUAAAGUGAUGAAUGACUUUCCCCUGUGCAAUCUGACAGAGUCCCUCCCAAAAAAGUCAAGGUAUAAGGUGAGGUGUCCUCCAUUGGAAACAUUACCCCUUAUACAAACUUGUCAGAAGAAGCAGCAUCAGACAAUCAAACUAAUAAGGCUGUACAGCAUAGCAUCCUUAGAACCAAUUGCCCUUGACCAUGAUAUCAACUUAAAGAUAAUUCACCUAGUGCGAGACCCUCGGGCAACUUACAUUUCAAGAAGUCGAAUACCUGGUGCAAAUGUUUCCUCAGUGCUUGGUAAGUCACUUGAUGCUGGCAUUUCCUACUUGUGUAGACGCAUAAAUCGUAACUUGGACUUCAUUCGUAGCCAGCCAGCAUGGCUACAAGGAAAGUACAAACUAGUCCGUUAUGAAGACAUUGCAAACAAUCCCAAAAAGCUUGCACAAGAAAUUUAUAAAUUCACUGGCUUGGGGCAACUACCACAAGAAGUUCUUAAGUGGAUACAAAGUAACACUCAGAAAUCGGCCAUCAAACCAAAUAUGCAACCGGGUGAAAGCCACUACUCUACCACCAGAAAUGCAUCACAGGUCCCUGAAGCAUGGAGGUAUGAAGUACCACUCAAAGUGGUGCUUCGAAUGCAAGAAUUCUGCAGAGAGACUUUGAGAUACCUUGGUUAUCGUGAAGUCAGAACAACAAAGGAGUUACUGGACAAGAACAGAAGUUUGGUUGCACAACUCAAAACGUCAUGAUGAAAUUUGUCUUUCAAUAUUAUUUUAUUUUUUUACUUAAACUUUAUUUACCUCGUACCAAUGUAUAAGUAUUGUUAUUGUUUUUUACAUUUGUUCUGUUCUAAUGCACCAGAGAAGUAGAAGUAGUCUCACAUGCAAGCUUAUGUUCUACCACCUAACCAAUCAGGGCUCAAAUUCAUGGCUAACUGCAGAAUUCUGCGCUUAUGGUCACUGUUCUGUGCUAACCGCACUAGCACAAAAAUUCUGUGCUAACCCUGUAAGCACAGAAGUCUUACUUACAAUGUAUGGGAUGCACGCUUGUGCAGAAGCCAACAUUCUGUAACAUUUCUUACUGUAAGCGCAUGAUUUUCUGCUAUAGUACACGUAUGCAGGGAUUUGUGGCUAGCAGUAAGCAGAGCCAUGACAUUUGGCGCAGUAGUACAGUGUGUUCCAAAAAAAGCUGGCCCGGACAAUUCAGCAGCCAUAUCUUCAUGUGUUUGUGUUUUUCAUGCUGUUGAUGUUGUUUAUUACCUGUGGAAAAGAAACUGAAUUGAUUGAAGAGAAGAGACUGUGUCUGUGAAGAGACUGACAAUAAGAGACUGUGUGUUUUAUUUCCAUGUUUAUGUUUUAUGAAAUAAAGACGCACUCUCUUCAUGUUUGCAUGUGAAAUGUGUUCGUGUGUAAUACAGGUUCAUGGUUGCCCUCUCUCCACUUAUUUACCAGCACAAGCUAAUGCUGCAAAAAGUGUAAGUCUCAAUUUAAUAGAGCUCUAACAUUUCUAGUCGUGGCUUUCAGUGUUUGUUUCAAUCAAUUCAGUUUCUUUUUCCACAGCAAUAAACAACAUCAACAGCAUGAAAAAAAACCCACAAAGUUUAGUCUUACAUGAAUAUUUGUUUAGAUAUGGUCACUGAUUCGUCUGGACCCACUUUUUUCUGGGACACACUGAAUGAGGAACAUCAUAUUCAGAGAUACUUUUAUACAUGUAUCUCGACUACCACCCUCAAACCGUGUUCUAUACCUUAUACAUAUUCUUAAGCGACUGGUCCAUCCAUCAUCACGUGUCAGCUGCUAGUUUAUAAGGAAAACAGACAAGAAGUCACACACAGGAAUAAAUAGGUAUGUGAGCAGUUGACUACUGCAUGGUUUACCAUUGAAAAUCCUGGCUAUAUGCCACUGUGUGCAGGUACAAUGCACUUUUGUUGUAUCAUAGAGCUACAUGUAGGACCAUGUCUUUGAUACUGUGAUUGCACUGGUCUAGAAUGGUCAUUGUGUCCUUUCUAUAAAAAAAAUCCAUUUACUGCAUGUACAAUGCGUGCAUAAAAACUUUUUUUUUUUUUACAGUGCAUUGCAUAAUUACCCAUGCAUUGUGCAUAAAGGUUGGCAUGAGCGUACGACUGAGAGCAACGACCAAUCAGUCUCAUGUCUGGCAAGAAAGCUUGCAGGCAACAAAAGGUUACACUACAUACCGAUAGUAAAAGCUUAAUAACUGCCACAAAGUCACUUUAAUAAAACAUGAUACAUGUAUUACCAAAGCAUCUUUGGCUUCGCUAAUAUUUAUAUUUAUACUUAAUUACUGUAGUAGCAUGUAUGUUUUCAGAGAUGGAAGUUUUACUGAUGGUCCAUAGCUUGUUGAA